UCGCCUCAGCUUUAUCAAAACCGCCCGGUGCUCGGGCGGAACAUAGAGCUGCGCAUGCAGAAAUGGCGGCCCUUGCGCAGCUGAAAACAAGCUCAGCUGGGCCAGUUGAAGUUGAAGCGCUGAGUUAGAGCGCCAUGCGCCAUGCCAUUGAAAUCGAAGUGGUGUCCCUGCGCAUGCAUAUUCACAGGGGAUGGGAGAGAUCUGUGAGCGAGUCACCCCAGCGCGCCCCCUUAAGCAUCCACGCUGCUGCGCCAAACCCAGUGGGACGCUCCUCAAUUGGAGCUCCCACGAAUACGACGGAAGCCUCCCCGGCGCCGGAAGCGCUCCUUUCUGAAACAUCUUGUAAUCAGAAUGGGGCUUCCCCGCCCCUGGUUCAUCCUCCUUCUCCUUCUCUGUGCGAUCGCAAUUGUUGCGCACCAGUCCGCCGCCCCAGUCACGCACUUCUUCUCGCAGUCAGGGGGGGGAGGCAGGAAGGUCGUGACGCUCGCUGACCUCGGCACGAGUCUCAAGCCGCCCAGGAGCAGCGCCGCUGAUCUGGGGGGGUCAGAAGAGGGGCAGAGUUGGCAGGAAGCGCUGGGGGGUUUGUUCGGGGCGGGCAGCAAUCAAGCAGAUUUCCAGGGGGACAAGAGGGAAGUUUUCAACAAAGGGGACGGAACAUUGAAAAUGGCAGUGGACCGCCUGGGUGAUGUCAGCUCGGGGGAAGCUGAGGUCAGCGACGGGGUUGCUGAGCUCAGUGGGGACGAUGAGGUGGUGGUGGACUGGGGCCUGCUGACCGAUCAAACAGAGGACCACUCUGAUCCGAAAAGUGGCGCCUCGGGAGUGACAGAGCUGGAAAGUCUGGUGAACCAAGAAUCAGGAUUAGCUGCGGGCGGAAAGAGAACAACGGAUAGUGGAGGGCUCGGAGAGUCCACCAAACGUGCGGGAGCAGUGUUGAAGCAGCCGGUUGAUCGGCCGAUCACAGGGGCGCACGGAACUGUCAUUCAAAAGCCCCCAAAACCCCCCCAGGGCUCGACGUGUCGGGAGUGGAUGACCGAUGAAUGGGAGCGUUGGGAAGCGGGCUUCAGAGACUUUAGAGAACAACCAGUGAGGAUAUCGGACGCUGGGGCUCGAAGUUGGUUCGAGACGACGAGGGAGGAGCUCCAAGGAUGCGACAUCGGUUGCGAAAUGCAUGCGGCGGGCUCUCUUGACGCGCCCGAUGGAACCACCGAACACUGGGUCGGAGAAGUGCAACCGGGGCUCCCGUCAAGCGGACUUGUCACGUUGCGCAAUGUUGAGUCGUUUACCAACUACCCCUCGAUCGCGAACCCUCAAGCGCGAACGGCAGGCGUCGACAUCCUGUCCAACUUUCGCCUAGAUUCGGAUGUGCCCCACGUGUACUUUUCUUGGAGCGGCUGCGUGUUCAACCUGAGAGGCAAUGACUGCAAUGGUCUCGAAAUCAUGGGUCCCGUCCACAAGAAGACGGCCAAGGCGGCCGCGGCCGCGUUCAUCAGCAAUUGCGAUGCCAAGAACUUCCGGACGGCGGCGGUCAAGGGCUUGAUCGAGAACGGGAUCGCGGUGAGCAACUUUGGGGACUGCGUUCACACGGCGGACCUGCCGGGCGGCGACGUGAAGGGCUACGACGAGUCCAAGUACGGCUCCAAGUACCACAACAAGCUCGUGCAGUUCCAGACGCACAAGUUCGCGCUCGCGUUUGAAAACAGCUGUGAGGACGAUUACGUCACGGAAAAGUUCUUCCACGCGCUUGCGGCGGGCAGCGUCCCGGUCGUUGUGGGCGCCCCCAACACGGCGCACUUUGCGCCCGCACCAAACUCGUACCUGCAAAUCGCGUCGGAAGGAGAAAUUCCUGUGGUUGCUGAAAAGAUGAGGUACUUAAUGGAGAACGAGACAGCAUAUGCUGAGAUGUUGGCCUGGAAGACGGCCGGCCCUUCCGACGCGUUCAAGGCCUUGAUGGACCUUCAAGCGGUGCAUCCGACGUGCCGCUUAUGUCAGCACGUGGCCUACCGGUUGCGGGAGCGGGAGGAAGCGGCGUGGCGGCAAACGCAUGCGCCCCCGCCGUGCUAUUGCCAGGAAACAACGGAAAAGGGGGAGAAGCGGAGUUCGUACACGCUUCUUGUACGGGAAAGGGGUUUGUCAAGAUUCCGGCCGCUAGUGCUCGACGCCUUAGCCUUGAGAGGCUUGGCAAAUCUAGAAGCUGCGGUGUUGGAAGAGUUCAAACGCUUGGGUCACGAACCGGUUUGGAUGAAAACCAGGGCGGCCGCCGGGGUUAAGACAACGAGUUGGCGGGUAUACAAGUUGUAUCCGAUUGGCUUGACUCAGAAACAAGCGUUGUUUGGGGGAAGGGUUUGGGAGUCCGAUGCGGACCUCUUGAACUACUUGUCGAGGAACCCGUGUCCGAAAUUUGAGGUCGUGUUUGUAUGACCAUAGAGAUCAAAGUCCUGUAUAUUGUGACGGUAGUUGAGGUCAAGGCCCGGGAAUUGCACACAACUUGAAAGCUGAAAUAUCGUCGCAAACACAUGACCAGGUCCAAAUGGGAUUUGAAUCAAUUAUAG